ACUCGUUUUAAUGAUUCCUGCGGUGAUUCAUACAGAUUGCAAACAAUAAAUAAAUUUACGCGUUAGUCAUUCGUAAUCUCGUGUAAAUUAAAAAUUAUAGUUCAAAAUCUAUUGCAUUCAAAAUGUUUUCCACAAAUCCCAACUACACUAAGCUCAAAACUCACUUGAGGCUUGCUAUAAAUAGGCUGAAAUUGUUAGAGAAGAAGAAAACGGAAUUGGCUCAAAAAGCCAGGAAGGAAAUCGCUGAAUACAUUGCUGCUGGUAAAAGCGAGAGAGCCAAGAUACGCGUAGAACAUAUCAUCAGGGAGGACUACAUGGUGGAAGCUAUGGAAAUAGUGGAGAUGUACUGUGACCUCAUACUGGCAAGGUUUGGCCUUGUGACGCAGAUGAAAGAACUUGAUGAAGGACUUGCAGAGGCCAUAUCCAGUCUCAUAUGGGUGGCUCCUAGGAUGCAUACUGAUGUUCAGGAACUGAAAAUAAUAUCAGAUCUACUCACAGCAAAAUACGGAAAGAUCUACGCGGAUGCUUGUAGGAACGAAAACGUGAAUACUCUGAGUGACAAGUUGAAACAUAAGAUGUCAGUGCAAAGUCCGCCCAAGAUACUUGUGGAGAGAUACUUGAUAGAGAUAGCUAAGAAUUAUAAUGUUGAGUAUGUGCCUGAUGAACAAGUCAUGAGGGAAGAAGAAGGUCGAGACGCAAUGUUAAUAGACAUCAAUGGCCCUCCGAUGCCGCCCGGUUUCAUUGGUUACCCGCAGCAACCAGCUGUGUCCAUGCCAAACCUGCCGCCACCACCACCAACCGUGACACCAUUUGCUUAUCCUUCUCAACCUUCUGGCGGUAAAGUGGGUGGGUUUAUCGCGACACCUCCGGGUCCGUAUGGCGGGCCCAGCCAGUCACCUAUGGGAUACAAUCUGCCGCCUGGAGUCGAUUCUAAAUCCUUGAGCAAUAGCUUCUUGCAGGAUGAAAUGAGCAAUCUGCCUCCUGCUUAUGACAGCAUCCACCAUGAUUUGCCGCCACACGUGCCGAGUCCCCCAGCCCCCAACGUGCCGACGCCGCAGCCCCGCUCUCGCGUCCCCAACCACUUCCCAGAACUGCCCGACCUGCCGUCAGUACCAUCAGACCUCAUCCUACCAUCAGUGCCUCACAGUAACAACUCAAAUACUUCAAACAACCAACCUAACGCUCCCAAUGCACCUGAUGAAAUUGAUUUCGAUGAUCUGAACCGUCGUUUCGAGGAGUUGAAGAAGAAAAAGUAAGGUCUAUGUAAUUCACACCAGUCAAUUAAGAUGCGGGAUUUUGAACGUUUCUGCUUGAAAGAUAGUUACUAUUUUUGCCUUAUUAUAAUGGAUAUUGUCUAUAAGCUAUUUGUCGGUAGAUUUAGCUACUUAUAAAGAUAGAAUUUUAACUAACUUGCAAGACGAGAUUGAUGAAUGCAGUUUGUAGAAUCGUGUCUUUUGGUAUUUUUACUGGCUGUGCUCAUUGGAUUAGCAGGCGUAACGAUAUUUAUCACUACAAUGUAAGUAGUGAAAUGUUUAUUAUACAUCAAGUUGCUAAAUCUACCGAUAGAUAGGUUAGACAGUGGCCGUAAAUGGAUCGGAGUGUAUUGAAUUGGGUCUUAAUUAUUAAAAAUAUUUUGAGAUUAGCAUAGUCACAAAACCCGCAAGUAUACGACUGGCCUAAUGUAAGAUUAGCCGACGCUCACUUUGAAUCUGAAUUUAUAUAAGUGUUGUUUACAGUAUUGAUAAUUUUUGAUAGUAUUUGAGCAUCGAUUAUUUUGUACUUUUGACACUGAAUGUAUUUAUAAAUUAUUUAAUAAAGUUAUUAUUCGACUAAUUGGUUGGCACUCAACCAAAAAUUAUAUUCCAUGCAUGUGAUAAUUUAAUCAAAAUUCGAAAAAUAUAUAGGAAAGAAGUAAUUUAAUUUAAUUUUAACAAUGUAAGAAAUCGAUGCUCUUAUGAUCAAAAUAUUUAGUUUUCUACAUUCAUAAAGUAAUUGUUAUUCACAAUCCAUUUCCAUUCGCUCGGCUAUGUCUUCGCAAUUUUUACGAUGUGACACUACCAAAAUUCGAAUCGAAUAAUAGUCACACGCAUUCUCAUAAAAACACGUGUUUUUAAAUUAAUUUCACUUUCUUUUUUAUGUUAAGACUGGUCGUCGUAAUGGCGAUUUCUUAUGUAAAAUAUUAUGUAACUAUUUUUUAUUAUCCCUUUUUUUAUUUACUCUGGCAAUUUGCCUAUAUCUGUAACAUAAUGUGAUUGAUAUGUUGAUAUAAAUAACGUAACUUUUAACUGUUGUUCUAAUUUAAUUGUUACAUAAUAAUUAGGUAUGUAAUUGUAUAACGUGUUUGGAAGAAUGGAAUGCAGUGUAGGAAUUACCCACGUACUUUCAAAAUAGUCAAAUUAUUUCGAAAUAUCGAAAGUUAUCGACGUCAUAUUAACAGCGUGUAACAGUCACAUAGCUAAGACUACAAAAUUAUGUAGUGAGUGAUUAAAAAAAAAUAUUGCAUGGGAAGUCAAAUAAUCAACUUAUUUUUACUAAAGAAACUAUCCAAUUCUAUUCUUCUAAACAAUGUUUAGUUUUCAUCAGAAAUUGAUAAAUAUCUAGUAAAAUAUUAGGUAUUGUGUAAAGUAUAGGUUAUGAAAUAAAAGAGUUUUAUUUUAAUAUUUUAUACAAUUUAUUAUUAUUGCUGCAGUGUCUGGUAUCAAACCAAGCUUCCAUUGAUGACGGGUAGCAAGUUAAUGUACAUUAUGAAAUACAAUACAUUUCAUCUA